GCCGGGAGGCUCGGGGCCCAGAGCGUGCGGCGGCCGGGAGCCCGCCGGCCCCUGACAGCCCCCUCCCCCCGGUGGAAGACGACGACUACUACGAGGGCGCGAGUCAUGGCGGAGCAGCGAAGCCUGCGGGGGCCCUGAGCGCCGCCGCAUGGAGCGGGACGAACGGCCGCCCAGCGGAGCAGGAGGCGGCGGGGGCUCGGCGGGGUUCCUGGAGCCGCCCGCCGCGCUCCCUCCGCCGCCGCGGAACGGUUUCUGUCAGGAUGAAUUGGCAGAACUUGAUCCAGGCACUAAUGGGGAGACUGACAGUUUAACACUUGGCCAAGGUCACACACCUGUUUCUGUUCCAGAUGAUCGAGCUGAACAACGAACUUGUCUUAUCUGUGGGGAUCGUGCUACAGGCUUGCACUAUGGGAUCAUCUCCUGUGAGGGCUGCAAAGGCUUUUUCAAGAGGAGUAUCUGCAACAAGCGUGUGUAUCGGUGCAGUCGUGAUAAGAACUGCGUCAUGUCCCGGAAGCAGAGGAACAGGUGCCAGUACUGCCGCUUGCUCAAGUGUCUCCAGAUGGGCAUGAACAGGAAGGCUAUCAGAGAGGAUGGCAUGCCUGGAGGCCGGAAUAAGAGCAUUGGGCCAGUGCAGAUAUCAGAAGAAGAGAUUGAAAGAAUCAUGUCUGGACAAGAGUUUGAGGAAGAAGCCAAUCACUGGAGCAACCAUGGUGACAGCGACCACAGUUCCCCUGGGAACAGGGCUUCAGAGAGCAACCAGCCCUCACCAGGCUCCACAUUGUCAUCCAGUAGGUCUGUGGAACUAAAUGGAUUCAUGACAUUCAGGGAUCAGUACAUGGGGAUGUCAGUGCCUCCACAUUAUCAAUACAUACCACACCUUUUUAGCUAUUCUGGCCAUUCACCACUUCUGCCCCCACAAGCUCGAAGCUUGGACCCUCAGUCCUACAGUCUGAUUCACCAGCUCAUGUCAGCCGAAGACCUGGAGCCGUUGGGCACACCCAUGUUGAUUGAAGAUGGAUAUGCUGUGACACAAGCAGAGCUGUUUGCUCUGCUUUGCCGCCUGGCUGACGAGUUGCUCUUUAGACAAAUUGCCUGGAUCAAGAAGCUGCCUUUCUUCUGCGAGCUCUCAAUCAAGGAUUACACGUGCCUCUUGAGCUCUACAUGGCAGGAAUUGAUCCUGCUCUCUUCCCUCACAGUUUAUAGCAAGCAAAUCUUUGGGGAGCUGGCUGAUGUCACUGCCAAGUACUCACCGUCUGAUGAAGAGCUACACAGAUUUAGUGAUGAAGGGAUGGAGGUGAUUGAACGGCUUAUCUACCUGUAUCACAAGUUCCAUCAGCUGAAGGUCAGCAAUGAGGAGUAUGCAUGCAUGAAAGCAAUUAACUUCCUGAAUCAAGAUAUCAGGGGUCUGACCAGUGCCUCACAACUGGAACAACUGAAUAAGCGGUAUUGGUACAUUUGUCAGGAUUUCACUGAAUAUAAAUACACACAUCAACCAAACCGCUUUCCUGAUCUUAUGAUGUGCUUGCCAGAGAUCCGAUACAUUGCAGGAAAGAUGGUGAAUGUGCCCCUGGAACAGCUGCCCCUCCUCUUUAAGGUGGUGCUGCAUUCCUGCAAGACAAGUGCAGUGAAGGAGUGACCUGUUCCCAGCACUGCCUCGGGUGCCAGCAGUGCCUUGAGUGGGCAGGACAGGCUCCAGAGGAAAGAGCCAGAGAGACCAAGAUGGAGACUGUGGAGCAGCUGCCUCCAUCACAAGAAGAAUUUGUUUGUUUGUCUGUUUUUAACCUCAUUUUUCUAUAUAUUUAUUUCACGACAGAGUUGAAUGUAUGGCCUUCAACAUGAUGCACAUGCUUUUGUGUGAAUGCAGCAGAUGCAUUUCCUUGCAGUUUACAGAAUGUGAAGAUGUUUAAUGUUACCGUGUUGUCAUUGUUUAGAGAUAGUUCUUUUGUAUUUUGAGGGAGAGGGUGGGAUGGAUAUCCAUAAUGUUGACAAAGACAACUACCUCAAUGGAAACAGGGAUAUGACCAUCCCUACCUUUCCACAGUUUCUCAGCAGACGUAUGCUUGUCUGUCCGAGAACUGGCUGCCUUUUUAUAGCCCCAGAGAAAUAUGCCAAAGGAGCAAAACAGUACAGGGAGACUUACUAGAGAGGUGGGCAGGACGUUUGAGAAGCAGUUUUUAUUUUAACCCUCAAUGUUUGAUGAGGAUUAACCAUCACCUCAUCCCACAAGCCCAAAGGGCAGAAACUUGUGUUCCUCCCUUCUGCUGCACCCUCCCACCUCACACACUGUUGUCUGUUGAAUGCUGCUGUCAGGUUUUUGUCCAGGCAGAGUCCUGACUAUAAAUCAGUCUGCAGGACUUGCCUCCCAGCUGCCCAGUCUCCUGACCCAGGUCUACCAAGGCCUUCCUUCUUUAGACUCCAUCCCUCCUCCUAUGGAUUUGACUCCCUGUCCUUUGCAAAGGUAACAGAAAAAUGCCCUGUUCUGUCAUUUCUCAUUUGUUCUCCUUUAACUUGUUUCCCUCAAAGAGUAGAGGGACGAAGGCCAGGCUGCUGAAAGAAUAGACUCGUUUGGAAGCCCCUGUUCUCAUCCUACCUUAUCCUUAGAACGA